GUUUAGUCAAAUUUAAUCAUGUAAUUUUAAACUUUUGCGUUAAAAAUAAUAAUGUUUUAUUAAAAUUAUUGCAAACUAUAUUUAAACUAACGGAAUGUUGCCAGGGCAUGACAAGCCGUCGAUCAGCUGUUGCGUGUUUAUGCAUAUGUCGACCAGGGCGGCAUCAACAGUUGUUGCAGCAACAAAUUUAAGGAAGCAGCGAUACAAAUAAAUUAUUUUUGAUUGAUUGUGUAAUGAUAAUUGAACCGUGACCAUGUUACUGCACAUAGCGAUAUUUGCUCUACUGCUCUUCCUAUUUGUUUACUGGAUAUUGCCUACGGGCAUUAGCUGGUAUCUUGUUAAUCGUUUUCGGGUUAAAGUGCGCAUUGGCCGCAUAUCGCUGCCCUAUCUGUCGCUGAAGAAUGUCCACAUCAGCAAAAGCGGCUUUUCUGUCCAAAUUGAAGAAGUCUGUCUACGUAGCAGUUUCUUUACCACAGAGGUGACUAAGCUCUUGUCCAUUUAUGUGAAGGACAUUCGCAUAAAUAAAGACAUACAUAGCAGUCGGCAGGAUGACGUCAAUGAAGGUUUCUACUAUGAGCCUCGCAAGAAAUCCGAGGUCAGGGGUGUUCCCGACUUUCGCCAGACCAAAGUUCCCGCUAGCAUCAUUACAUUUGCACAGUUCAUGGCCGUGCAUGUGAACAAUAUAUCUGUGGUCCUCAUGAACAAUGACUUCGAUCCAGGCUGGUUCAUACAUGCGACUGCCAAGGAGCUGCAUCUUGAUGGCAGCAUUGUGCAAAAUGCACGCGUUUUGCUUGUCAAUGCUGCGCUAACAGAGGCGCAGGCCAAAAUGUUGAGGCAUUGCAAUACACGACGGCAGUCCUUGGAGAAUCUCAAUAAAAUACGUCCCUGCCUCGGCGAGGUUAGCUUCGAUGUGGCAUUGGAUGCCUCCCUCUUUGCACAUGGGCCGCUCUCCAUGGAUACUCUAAGCCUGGUCAUUAAUAAUUGCAAAUCCGUCAUACACGGCGGACUGUACGAGUUCCUCAGCGAGGCCAAGCAACGCACCCAUCCGGGUGAGCAGUCCAAGCGACUGCAAAAGACCUUGACGCCAGUGGCCAGCAGCUAUGACAAUGAUAACUAUGAGAAACUGGCGCCCAUCAUACCAAAGAACUUCAAUUUCAGCAUUAAAGCAGCCACAUUUUCAGCAGUCAAAGAGAACUCGCAAAACGAUUUCAGUGCCAAAUUGCAAUUAUUCACGAUAACGGGUAAAUUCAACUCGAAGAUUGUGGACGAAAAGACGCUGUUGCCCUCGAUGCUGGCGAAGCUUGUGUUUCAGCAUCUAGAUAUUGAUACCAAAUAUGAGAAAUUGCUCUUUGUGGAACAGUUUACUAUAGACUCGGUGCUGGAGAAAGACAUAUUCAAUCUGUAUGUGAAACUCAAGACAUUCCAAAUCAUUUACAAUCACAGCGAAAUCUAUGAUUUCGUUAAUAAUAAUUUCCUGGCACGCCAACGUGCGAGCAGCCAUCAAUUGCUGCAGUUGGGCAAUAAGCAAUUAUCCUUACCGGAUAAUUUGGGUGUAGAAGCUUUGACUCCUACUUCAUCGCCAGCAAAGCAACGACGAGAUGGGGGCGUUCUGGAAUGGAUCAUGCAACGCAUUGUGGUUAAAGGUUGUGCAGAGCUGUGGAAUGUUUCGUUGCUCAUGAAAUUGGACGACCAACACAUUGCCAUGAGUGUUAGUCACACACGCUUUCUACUCGAGCAGUUUGAGGAGAAGCGCAGCACGAAGUAUCGCAAUAAGUUCCUGAAUUUGUUGCUAAACAAACGACAAUGGAGCAUGGAACUGAUGGUGGAAACGUUGUGGUCCAAUCUGGCCAACUCCAACAAUGAUACCAACAAUCUAAAGAAGACACAUUCACCCGGCUCGCCAUUUUUCCUGGGCGUCAGUCUUGUUAAGUUGUGCUCCUAUGCAAACACCACCAAGUUGGACAUUUCCAUACACACGUUUCGCACGGAAUACAGCAUGCAGUUGGCUGAAUUUAUAGUCAUGUCGAUGCAAUGCGUUAAGCAGUAUGGAGGCCUAAGCAAAAACAAGUCAAACAACUGCAAAAAACGCCCCAGCAGUAGCUCCGGUGAGCUAACAGGCACAGCAUUGCGUGUCUCGGUGAAAGUAAAAGACAUUACUGCAUAUUUUGUGAAUCAUCACAAUGUCUUUAUGUUGUUGAGUUUCUCGGAGAUCAAUCUUACGCGAUCACAGCAUUUUACCACACUUAAGCUGGAGGAGUUCCAAAUGGCAAUUAUGCGUUCGAUGACUGCUUCCGCAUUGUGCCUGACGGACUUUUCGGAUGUGUUUGCCAGCUGCAAGUUAAUACGCCUGGAGCAUGAACUUCACCCAGAGGUGGAUAAUUCGCUUGGCAAGCUAUCCAUUCAUAUACCGGGCAAUACGGAAGCCAUCUGGAACUCGAAUUUGCACAUGCAUCUGUUGACUCUGGUGCGCGACAUGAAGGAUCUGAAAUUGGAGCUGGCAAAACCCACGACACCAGUGCAAUUGGAGGAGACGAAACCCAAACGUACGCUAAUCAUUGAACUGGCAGCGGAGCGUAGCACUAUUUGUGAACUGAAGCUAUCGGAACGGCAUACAAUACGUCUGAAGGUGGAGAAUCUGUAUUUCGGCAAUAAGGCGCAUAACAUUAUCUAUGCGGAGAAUGUGUUUGUCAAGAUCGACGAUCAGCACAUCUUUACGGUCAAAGAGCUAAAAAUGCUGUCUCGUCCACACAUGGAUGUGCUUACCUAUGAGCGACAAAACUUUCCAGGCUUCGUGCUGCCGUCGAACAAGGUGUGGGAGGUAACAAUUGGUUCGUUUAAGGCGAUCUUUCCAUAUGACCAUGACUUCUACGAUGCCAUCAACAACGAGCUCGUUACGCACUUCAAGUGGCUCAAACUGGUGCAUAAUUACAAGAAGAAACCCUUCACAGUGCACUCGCCAUUGCCCAGUGAUUUGAUCAUCCAAAUUAAGGAAUUCCUUCUCGAAAUUAGCGAUGAUCCCUUCGAGGUGAAGCUGCGCGACAAUUACGUGCUGCUGGUAGACGAAUAUCAUGAGAGUUUGAAGCGCAAGGAAUUGUUUGACAAGAAGAUUGGCGAGCUGUGCUCCGAGCGACUGCUGAUGCCCGCGGGCACCAUUGAAAGCCUUUAUGCGAAUCUCGUCAAGAAGAACUCGGAAAUCUAUAUACAUCGCUCGAAGAAGAUACGCGAAAGCGGACCGGUGCGCACACGGUUACUCGCUUGGAUCAUGACGGAUGUAGAGAUCUUGGCCAUGGCCGAUACUUCCAUUCAUGGCUAUGAGAAUGUUACGCGUACUAUGCGGGAAAUCGACUCGGAGAGUCCUUGGCCCGAGGAGGGAUUGCAGUUCACGACGCUCUGGUGUCGUGGUGUCAACGUCAGCUGCUCCGAGUGGAAGUUUAUGUUAAGAGACUUUCCGCAGCCAAUGUUUGCUGUGAAGAGCAUGCGUCUCUAUGGUAACCUUUGUGGCGCUGAACAAAUGGCUUCAAAGCGCGCCAAACGCGAUGUUUACGUCGAAGUGGGUGAACCCUUCCAAACCUAUGUGGUGCAACGCAGCAUGACAACGAUCAAGUUCUACCACGAUUUCGACUGUGAGCUGGAGAGCUGUAGUUAUGCUUUUGGACCCUGCUGGGAGCCCGUCAUGGCCCAGUGUAAUUUGAGCUUUGAGAAAAUCUCAGCGCCAUCCAAGGAUCCGAGUCCAACGCUGCCAUUCUGGGACAAGUUGCGUCUACUGUUGCAUGGUCGUUUGACGCUGAUUGCCAAACGAUUUACGGUGCUGUUGCAUGCCUCUCUGGAUCCCUACAACACCACCGAGGAAAUGGAGCUGACGUGGAACAACUGCGGCAUUGUUUGGACAAAUGCCAAGAUUAUGUUUAAGGGUGAACUUAAUGUAACAGUGCGAACGGCGUCGCGUUACGACGACUGUCGUCUGCUGCACUUUCCUAACUUAAAGCUGACAUUCAAGCUGAAUUGGAUUUGUCUCGCAAAUCCCAAUGAUCAUCAUGCUGUGAUGCCCUGCGCACCCGACAAACUGCCCGAGUACUCUAGCAACCAGGUGCACGAUUCGUUUCGCGCCUUUCGCUCUCUCAACCUCAAUGUCUGGGCUUCGUUUGAGACGAAACCCAAGGUGGGCGAGGAGGUGGACGCAGAUAUACCUAGCCUUGUGUUGUAUGGCAGCACUUUGCGCUGGUUCGAGAGUCUUAAGCUCAUCCUGUCGGGCGUUACACGUCCCACACGUCGAGGUCCGGUCUUUAACAACGUGCGACCGCGCAAGAAGCAGCUAAGUCGACACUACAAGAAAGCCAAUCUGCAGAUGUGUCUGCACAAGUUCCAAGUGCACUACUUGAUGUCGCAUGCUUUGCACAAGGGAUUUCAGCUGAAUGGGCGACGUGUGUCCUUUAGUUCCGAGUAUUGUCUAACUCUCAAUCCGAUUGACGAUGGCUUGAUACAUCGACCACGUGCGGAUUGGUCCACGGUGUACAUGAAUUGUGAGCUGAACGAUGCAGAGAUCUGGCUGAGGAGCAGUGUCACCGAGAAAAUAGACAGCAGCUCUGAGAAUUUGGCCAGUGCUGGCCAAAGUGUGCGCUUCUAUUUUCUAAGUGUGGCAAAAGUUUCGUAUGGCCGUGAGGCUUUGAUACCAACACCGGCCAGCAACGCGGAAGAGGAUAAAACCAAAUCAACGACUCCUACACACAAGCUAGUCGUAUACGAUCUGAAAGGUGCAUGGACCAAGAGCAAUCGAGAUGUGGCUUUUGCGCUAUUCGAUUCGUUUAUGAAGUCGCAAAAGCUCAAGAACAAUCUGUCCACGGAAGCAGUCAAAAGCUAUCGCAAGGAGGCGCCCAAUUCGGCGGUGUUGAAGCACAAGCGCAGCGAUAGCACCAUUACCUUGUCCAGCACCAGCAGUGAGGUGUUGCCCAUUUCCAAUGCAGGCUCGAUGAAGAAGGCGCCGGGUCAGGUGCAUGCUACGGCGAUGCUGCAGCAACUGAUCGCCGAAGCAGAUCACAAGUUCAAUGUGUACAGCGAUGAUCACAGCACACAGUCCAGGGAGUUGCAGUUACAAGGACUGCAGGCCUGCUCCGUGCAGGACAUCAUUCAUGAAAACUGGUCCAUUAGUCUAGUCAACUCGCAGGUGCUGCUGAAGGGCUGCGAGACCUCAGGUUAUGUCAUCAUCAGUGCAGCCAAAGCGGAGAUAUUGCAGCGGGAGCAUCGACCUGUUUGGCGAGAUCGUUCGCUCAUUUCGAAGACCACUUGGAAAGGUUUGCUCGAGUGCAUGCAGUACUAUGCCACCGUCAGUGCAGGCGACAAUGAUUCGCUGCUGGAGCGCGAAAUCAUGUGGCUGACUGUCGAUAAUAUUCAGGAUAAAGAUGAGACUCUCAUCAAUAAUUUGCCCGAUGAUAUUUCCAUUUUGGUGGGCAGUGGACGCAGUGUGGGCGGCGUGGUGUCUGAAACAGUUGGCGCCUUUCUUAGCGACAACUCUGGCCAGGCACAGCCGGUGCAACUGCAGCGCAUCGUCUCGAAGUGCAAGUGUGAGUUCUUUUACGUUAGCUACGGCGAUGCCAUCGAUCCCAACAGCAUCACUGAGGUGCCGCCGCCGCCAUCCGAGGAGACAUUGUCGCCGUGGGAGAAACAGGAUGAUCCUGUGGAUGCCUUUACGCUGAUGCAUCACGAUCUGGACGUGUUUACGAACUCGCUGCAGUACGCCAUGAUCCUGGACAUUGUCAACAAUCUGCUAUUGUAUGUGGAGCCGCAGCGCAAGCAGGCAGCGGAGAAACUGACACGCAUGCGCUUCCAACUGCAGUUGCACUCGACGGAGGAUCAAAAGCGGCCCAUACAAAAGAAGCAGACAGUCAUCAGGAGUCUGCUGAUGCAGAUUAGAUCGCUGGAGCGGGACAUUCAUCUGAUCAGCAAGGAGCGCAUUGAGGAGGGCGACACGUUGGAAUUGCGCAUGGACUUUGAACGCGUCCAGCAACUGAUACGUGAGAGCAAGGAGGAGCUCAAUUUGCACAGCGAGGAGUUGGACAUGAUGUUGUUGUGCUACAAGGAAACACAGCUCUCGCAACUGAGCAAAAUCUCCAAUGUGCGUUCCGACAAAUCGGUGACCAUGGUGCGAGCCAAUGAGAUUUGCUUCAAGCGCGCUCAGUGGCGACUCACGGAGACGGAUGGACAGAUUGGUAUUGCGGAUUUGGUGCUGAGCGCUUUUCUCUACACAAAGAAGUCCAAGAGCGAUGAUUCCGUGGAGCAUCUGCUGGAGUUGGGCAACAUACGGAUGGAGAAUCUUCUGCCACGAGAAAUCUAUCGCGAUGUGCUGCUUGCCACAGAGAUACAAAAAGAUAUGCCUGUGGAUACGCAUAAGCGUGUCCUCCGCAUCUUUUGUCGGGAGAAGCCGCCAGUGGGAGGCAUUUCGGUCAAGGAUCACUUUGAAAUCAAUGUGGCUCCCAUUACCAUAGCAAUCACCAAGAAGUUCUAUAGCACCAUGUUGAAGUUUUGUUUCCCCGAUCGCGAUGCAUCCGAGACUGAGGUCAGCGAUGAGCUGGACGACAAUGCGUCCAGCAGUUCAGCAUCGUCGACCAAUCUUCAGGCGAAACCCUCAUCCUCGAAACGUUCAGGCAAGAGCAAGAAGAGCGCCAAGGACUCGGAGUUCUAUGUGAAAAUCGAAAAGGAUGAUGUGGAGAAGAUGAAGGAGCGUGCGGAGAAGAACAAAUUGUUUAUCUACAUCAAAAUUCCCGAGGUGCCCGUGCGUGUCAGCUACAAGGGCAACAAGGAGAAGAACUUGGAAGACAUCACCGACUACUCGCUGGUGAUACCCACAUUAGAGUAUCACAAUGUCACCUGGACGUGGCUCGAUCUGUUGCUCGCAAUGAAAUCGGUAAGCAAGCGAGUCAUUGUUUCGCAGGCCAUCAAACAGAAGCUGCAGAUCCAUCGACGUCAGCCGGUGCAGUCAGCAGGAGAGCGUGCCACACCUCAAGAGGAGGAUAAGGCCAAGAUGCUCUUUGGCAAUCGUUUGUUGAACGAGAAUCGCAACCAAAGAAAAGGUGGCGUCUUCAAGUUUCCCUCGAGCGGCAAGAGAUCAGAUUAAAUUUAAAUUUAAAGAGUUAAAUGCUGUAUUUAAAUUAUAAUAUUUAUUUAUGCAUAUUUAUUACGGUUAUCGAAACUCGAACUCGAAAUCGAACUUGCAGCGGGGCACAUUUAACAAGAGGGAAUAUCUUUUCGAGCGCUUUAAUAAUUAUAUUCUACUUGUAGUUUCACAUACUUAAACAAAGACAAACAUAAACAUACACACACACACACACACGCGUAAACACAUAAGUAUUAACUAUUAUCUACAUAUAUGUAACUCUCUAAAUAUAAAUAUGUGUCUGUC